AUGAUCCGUUUGGUGCCCGGCAUGUGGCAUCCCAGAGGCAGCUGCACCAACAGGACGAACACAUCUUUGAAUUCUUCACAAUGUGAGAUGUCUCGUUGCGUUGGCUUUGGCGAGUCCUUGAAGGAUGGGUUGGCGGACGGCGAGGAGAGCGAGCCCCUGGACGAUGAGAUGGCCGAUGGUGAAGAAGGCGGCUCCUGGUCGUGGAGAGGCGCGUUCAGCUCUACACGGGAGGACGGCGGUGAGAGCGAUGACGGGCACCCACAUGUUCCCUUGUACGGACGCUGCCGCAUCUGUUGCACCAUUGGCAUUGCCAUGUCGAUCGGUGCCUUUCGCACACUCGCGAUAAGCAGGCGGAGUGUCCAAAUAUCGUCAUCAUCGUCGUCGCAGUCGUCGUGA